AUGAGUGUGGAGAAACGGAUUAAGGAGAUAAUUGCAGAGCAGCUAGACGUAAAGGUGGAAGAGAUCACGGGAGAGAAAAGUUUUGUACAUGACUUUGGGGCCGAUUCUCUGAGUGGGGUGGAGCUCAUCCUGGCUCUCGAAAACGAAUUCAGCAUCAAUAUUGAGGAUAAAGAAGCGGAGAAAAUCACUACAGUUUCUGCGGCUAUCGACUAUAUCAAGGCUCAUAUCCACGAGACUAGAACCGAUGAGUAA